CGACCAUACCCUUGCUGUACGACCGCUUCACGACACCAUGGACCACGAACGGGCUACACACAAGACGGCCAUUGAGUUGGCGGAUGAAGAGCUCCUCGCGAACUUGGGCUACAAGCAGGAAUUCCAGAGAGCGUUUACAGGACUAGAGACAUUCGGUAUCGCAUUCAGUAUCAUCGGAUUGCUCCCAUCUAUUGCAUCGGUUCUCGUGUAUUCCAUCCCUGAUGGAGGACCAUCCGCCAUGGUCUGGGGUUGGCUCGUUGCGAGCAUCUUCAUCCUGUUCGUAGGAAUGUCGAUGGCAGAGCUUGCCUCUGCAGCGCCCACAUCCGGUGGACUCUACUUCUGGACGCAUUCAUUAUCCUCACCAAGAUGGCGGAACCUGCUUGCGUGGGUUGUAGGAUAUGCAAACACCAUUGGCUCGAUUGCAUCCGUCGCGUCGAUUGACUGGGGCUGCGCUGUCCAGAUCACCGCAGCAGCGAGUAUUGGAACGGGUCAGACGUACUCCGCUACAAAUGCGCAGACCUUCGGUGUCUACGUCGCGGUGGUGCUCACCCAUGCCGUCAUCUGCUGUUUCGGAACGCAGCUCUUGGCGCGUCUGCAAACCGUCUACGUUGUUCUGAACGUUGUUCUGUGCCUCGCGGUCAUUAUCGCCUUGCCCGCCGCGACGCCGAAGGAAUUCCGGAAUACCGCGUCUUAUGCGCUCGGCAACUUCACCAACACGAGCGGCUGGCCUAGUGGCUUCGCCUUUAUCCUCAGUUUCCUGGCACCGCUCUGGACUAUCUGCUCGUUCGACUCCAGCGUGCACAUCAGCGAGGAGGCGUCUAACGCUGCUACCGCUGUGCCGUGGGCAAUCGUCUACGCCAUUGGCAUUGCCGGAGUCCUUGGAUGGGCGAUUAACGUCGCUCUUGCGUUCUGCAUGGGCACCGACAUGGACAGCAUCAUGAACAGUCCGAUUGGCCAGCCGAUGGCGGAGAUUUUCUUCAACAGCUUUGGCCAGAAGGGAACUCUUGCGUUGUGGUCGAUCGUCGUGCUUGUGCAGUACAUGAUGGGCUCCAGCAUGGUCCUCGCUGCAUCGCGCCAGUCCUUCGCCUUCUCGCGCGACGGCGCGCUCCCCUUCUCAUCAUGGCUCUACCGCAUGAACAGCUUCACCAAGACGCCCGUCAACACCGUCUGGUUCGUCGCCGCGUCCUCUAUCGCCCUCGGGCUGCUCGCCUUCGCCGGCGACUCCGCCAUCAACGCGAUCUUCUCCAUGUCCGUCGUGGCGCUGUACGUCGCGUACGCGAUCCCCAUUGCCGCGCGCUUCCUCGGGGACAACGACUUCGCCCCUGGCCCGUUCACUCUCGGAAGGUUUAGUGCCCCAGUGGCGGCGAUUGCAGUCCUGUGGAUGCUGUUCAUGGGCGUCGUCUUCUUGUUCCCGUCCUCGCCGGGUCCUGAUGUCGCGGAUAUGAACUACACCGUCGUUGUUCUCGGCGGCGUUCUGUUCCUGUCCCUCGUGUGGUAUUACUUCCCGAAGUACGGAGGCGUGCACUGGUUCACGGGCCCCAUCCCCACCAUCGAGAAGAAGUCGCAGCAGCCCUCUCCCAGGACGUCUACGUCGGAUUCCGUGGGGAAAGAGAAGGAGAAGGCGGCGGUCGAUGUGAGCGAACGCGAGGCGUCAUGAAACCGUCGCUUCGUCGGCGAACUCUCUGGAUUGGAGGCGUGUACGACACUGAACUGUAUAAUUCACCACCUGAAC